AUGAGUCUCCGACGAUUCGAGAAUCAGGUGGUUUUUGUGACUGGCGGCACCUCUGGUCUCGGAGCGGACACAUGCGAACUAUUCAUCCAAGAAGGAGCCAGAGUGUUCGUGACGGAUAUAGCUGAACGCGACAUCCUCCAGCGCCUAGGAUCGAGCAGUGCUGUUUUUCAGUUGUGCGAUGUUUCGAACCCCGAAGACUGUGAGAAGGCCAUUAACGCAUGUGUGGAGCGAUUUGGUCGGCUUGAUGUUUUGUUCCACAAUGGAGCACGACUGGCCGGAGUAUCGACCGUCGUUGACCAUGACGUGACGCUCUUUCAACAAGUCAUCAACACCAACUUGUGUGGACUGUUCUACUUGGCUCGGGUUGCGAUACCUCAAAUGCAGAAGCAAGGCAAAGGCGCCAUUGUCAGUACGGCCAGCACCUCUGGGUUGGCAGGCGACUACGGGUUAUGCUCUUACAGUGCAGCCAAGGCUGGAUUGGUCAACUUGACCCGGGUCAUGGCGCUGGAUCAUGCGCGGGAAGGCAUUCGUGUGAACUGUGUAUGUCCUGGGUACAUGGUCACACCAAUGACAGCGGCUUUUCGAGAAAAUGAGGUUGUCCAUCAAGCCCUGCUGGAGAGCAUUCCUCUACACAGAGGCUCUGAUCCGAAGGAGGUAAGCCGUGCGGUGCUGUUUCUGGCAUCAAGUGACGCUUCUUACAUCACUGGACAAGCUCUGAUUGCGGAUGGUGGAUGGAGCGCCCAUAGUGGUGGCCCUAACUUUCUCAAAUACAUGGGACCUCAGCGGUGGGACAAAGUGGAGAUGGACAGGCUGCUCUGUUACUAUACAGUCGAAUAG